GUGUAUUCCCGCGCAUGAAAUCAUGAUUAAAUUUUCAAAAGUGUUUAGAUUGUCAUAGCGCGCGUGCAGUGUACUUAGUGAAUUGUGAAUUUGUGAUAUUUUAAUUUGUUAUUGUUAAUAAUAUUGUUAAAACAUGGGUAAAGACGACAAAGAAGAAAGCGGCUUCGGAUUCAAGGACAAAGCGAAAGCUGAAGAGACCCUCCGCCUGUUGGAGCAGCACGACGCUAACUACCGCAGGCUGACCGUCAGAGGUUUACUGGGGAGGGCCAAGAGGGUGCUCUCCAUGACAAAAGCGGAAGAAAAAAUAAAAAACAUAAAAGAAGCAAUGGAGGUAUUUGAAAACUGGCUCGCGGAACUGGAUAAGAAUAAAGAGAAGAAACCGGAGAAGAAGAAAGAGACGCAAGAGAAGAAUGGUGAUGAUAAGGGAGACGGCUCGGACGUCGAAAUGGAAGAAAAGAAACCGGAAAAGAAAGAGUUGCCAGCUGAUACUGUGCCAGGGUUAGGGUUCAAAGAUAAGGAAGCAGCUGAAAAUACCCUCAAAGAGUUGGAAGGUCGAGAUCCUGAUUACCAAAAGCUGGCCGUGAAGGGCCUCAUCGGGAGGGCUAAGCGUGUGUUGACGUGUACCCGCGACGAAACCAAAUUAACCAACAUAAAGGAAUCCAUAUCGAUAUUCGAGAAGUUUCUAGACGAUUUCGAUACAAUGCACUUGAGUAAAGAAAACAAUUCAUAUGUAAGCUUGGGCAUUGUCAGAACUUGUGUUGAUAUGGCUGGAGAUACUAUUACUGAACAGCAGAAAGCGUUCAUAGCUGCAUACACAUCUGUGAAUGGUGAAUACAAACGUUUGAGGACCGUACUAGAAAAGGAGGACGGGAAGUCGUGGGAUAUAGUAAGGAAUUCAAACCUGAAGGAGUUGAAGGAAAAGCACGCCGAAGCAAAACUCUUCAAUGAGAAGGACGAACCUACACCCGAACAUUUGGAAAUGCUAUUGUGGGCGUACUCACCCGAAGUUGCCAGGGUUAAAAAAGUUAUACCAGAGACUAAAGAGUCCAAAGACAAAGACAACCAAUCUGACAGAAAGAGACGUCACAGUGACAGCGAAGAAUCUCCUAGCAAGAAGAAAAAGGACUAA